UAAUGUCAGUUAUCGCAGAAUUCCAUCUACUUUUACUUUAUUCAGUUAUUCCAAUUAACACAACAUGACGAAAACAGCACAGAUCAGGACGACAAGAAUACAGUCCAACAAUGUUACUUCCAUGUACACUUUCCUGUUAGCCUCUACGGUGCAUGUCGUCCACAACACUAUUUGCAUGCUGUUAUUUAGUCGUGUCUUUCUGUGGUGUGACUGAAAACACUUGUAUCCGAUCGCAUGCCCAAAGAAUCAUUUUGAGGACUCCAGUAAUUAGUGAUCCAGACGCGGGCAAACGAAACCACGCGAGAACACAACGGUGUCCUAAAAGCAGGAAGACAGUUCUGCAGAGAAAGUGUCGACGUUCGUGCAUUUGAGGAAGCUGUCGUGAUGGUCGCGUGUGGUUACUAGCAAGAAUCCGUCGGUCCAGAAGCAUUUGGUAUUCGUGAAUCAAUAGCACGAAACGUGUCCGGGCCGUGGAGCUGGCUGUGCGUUAGCGUAGCAGCAAGGAUAACUUUACUCGCUCGUCAGCGUAGCUAGCCAAGGCCAGGGCCUAGCUAAGCUAGCUCAGGCUACUGUAUGGCACUGGCAGCUGAUCGGCUGGCUGUGCAGAUGUGACUCUUCUCCAGUGUCUCUCGAUGCAAAGCAGAAAUGAAGAGGGAAGAUCGGGGAGACAGUGGCAGACGCCACAUACAUCGUCGAUCGGAUUGGCGGAGGAGAUUUCACUCAACAGACCGAAAUGCCGAUGAUGGGUCUGACGGUCCGUCGGCAGGGCCAUCACCCAGAGCAGAAGAGAGCAGUUCAGGUCGAACCUCAGCCUCCUCGUCUGGAGCCACCGCUCCUGCUCCAGAGUUGCCGGGCUUUUACUUCGACCCAGAGAAAAACCGCUAUUUCCGACUGCUGCCUGGCCACAACAACUGCAAUCCGUUAACGAGGGAGAUGCUGAAGGUGAAGGAGCAAGAGAGGAAGCGGUCACAGAUGCUGGCGGAGGACGAGCACCCUAGAAAGAAAGCUCCUCGGGCUGGCCUUAACUCUAUGUUGCUGCACCAGAAAAGACAUCUGGGUGUGCUGUCACCAAACUCCUAUUGUAGGCUGGUCCACGAGGUGAAGGUCAGUGAGAUGAAGCGGCACAAGCUUGAGGUGCAGAGCUCCGAAUCCAGCAGCCCCAACACUGACAACUUCUGCCUCAUCGUGGCGGACUCGGCUUGCGAGCGCGUCUUCACGGUGAAUGAUGUCUCGCAUGGAGGAUGCAAGUAUGGCAUCAUGAACUUCCGCGGCUGCACCAAGGGCUCUCUUUCAGUGGAGAUGUGCGAUAACCUGUACUUCACUAAUCGCAAGGUGAACUCUGUAUGCUGGGCUUCUGUGACUCAUUCAGAUUCUCAUGUUCUGUUGUGUUUGGUUGGUAUAUCUCAGACUCCAGGCUGUGUCAGUUUACUGCCGGCUUCUCUGUUCAGUAACUCCAAUCCUGACCAGCCUGGGAUGCUAUGCAGUUUUAAGAUCUCUACAGCCUGGUCAUGUGCCUGGUGCCUGAACCCACAGGCUGACAACACCUUUAGCACUGGCCUUUCGCGACAUGUCAUCGUGACCGAUGCGGUGAGCGGCCGAAGGCAGAUGUACAGCACCGGCAGUGACGUUCUGGCUCAGCAGUUUGCACACCGUGACCCAGUGCUGUUUAAUGGUUGCCGCUCGGGCGAGAUCUUCAGCAUUGAUCUGAGGCAGCGGGGCCGAGGGCGAGACCAGAGCUGGAAGGCCUGCCGCCUGCACCAGGGCUCCGCCGUCACCUCCAUCCGACUCCUGCAGGAUGAGAACUACCUCCUCGCCGCCGACAUGCUAGGAAAGAUUAAGCUGUGGGAUAUCCGUGUUAGACAGUCAGUAAUGCAGUACGAAGGACACCACAAUGAGUAUGCCUACUUGCCCCUUCACCUGAAUGAGCAGGAGGGUCUGCUGCUAGCAGUGGGCCAGGACUGCUACACCCGUCUGUGGAGUCUAAGAGAUGGGCAUCUCCUCAGGACUAUCCCAUCCCCUCACCCCGGAGGCAAAAACUCCAUCCCAAAUGUGGUCUUCUCCUCUCAGCUCGGAGGCCGCAAUGGACUACCUGGCCUUCUUAUGGCCGUCUGCCAUGAUCUCUAUUACUACCCUUACAACAGUGACUACCAGGAGGGGCUCGCAUCAGAAGCACAAGGCUAACUGGUUCUCACAGUCUUGGUCUGUUAUAUUGAAAGACACUAAAACACAUUCUGUUGUCUAGCUCUGUCUAGGUCACACUCAAAAUGCACUCAGUGUUGCCAUACCAAAGGUUGUGACUUAUCAUUGCAGCCAACAAAUGAAUAGACAGUGAUUUAGAAUCCAGGCCUUCUGAGUAUUCAUAAAUGUGCUCUUUCCAUACUUGAUUUACUUGACAUGUAUAGGUCAUACUUAUUUUUGAGGGGUCACAAAAGAUCCCAAGAAACAGGUUACAUUUUUUUCUAGUUUGGGAGCUACUUGAAUUUUAACCUCCCUAAGUGCAAUCUCUGACUGCAGGAUGUGAAUUGUGUACUUUUAGAUAUGAAACUUUUGAAAAUUCAUUUAAAGUGCUUUGUAUAUUCUUUCUUAGGUGAAUGUUUACUCAGUGUCUAUAAAAUAAACACAGCCCAUUUAAGUGAGCCAGUACCAAAGACCACAGCUUCAAUGCCAUGAUGAAUAGUUUAUAGCUGCAGUAGGAACAUUUACAAACGAUAAAAUUCUCAAUAAAAUCUUGGAUACUAUACUCUA